UUUCACGUUCUUCUUUUGUCUGUUUCUGCUAAGAACAAGCUUAAUAAAAAUUAAAAGCUACUUCUUCAUUAUUUCUGAUUUUGAUUAAUUUCUUAUACUAGAAUGUUUUUGUAGUAAUUGGGUGUUCUUAUCUCUUUUGCUGGGCGUCUCCUGAAGUUCCUUUUUUUUUGGGUUUUAAAUGAGCUUGCUUUUUCACAUAUUAAUAAAGUUCAAAACUAUUUCUAGAUUAUUUUCUGAUUUUGAUUAAAAUUUUAAACUAGAAUGCUCUUGUAGUAAUUGGGUAUUCUUGACAAAAAGUUAGCUCAUUUUUGGAUUUAAAUGAGCUUGCUUUUUCACAUAUUCUAUUGUUUGUUUUGCUAAGAAUUACCUAAUAAAGAUCAAACAUUUUUUUCUUGAUCUUGUUUUGAUUUUGAUUUGUUUUUCAGAUUAUAGAGGUGUUGUAGUAAUGGGUAUUCGUUUUUGGGCAUUUCUUCAAAAUUGUUUUUGGCUCAUUUUUGGAUUUUUUACAUCUUUUGUCUUUGUUUGCUAAUAUUCUUUUGUCUGAUACUGCUAACAGCAAUCCUAAUAAAGAUCAAGCCUUUUUACUUUUGAAAAAAUAACAAUAAAGAUCAAACCUUUUGCUCGAUUAUCUUUUGGUUUUGAUUUGUUUUUGAAAUUUAGAACGACGUACUACUGUAGUUAGUAUUAUUAAUUUCACUGAUUGAGUUUUUCUUUUUGGAUUCAAAAUGAGUUUGAAGAAGGCUUAUAAAUCAAAAUUCUUGGUUGUGAUAAUAUAUAUGCUGUUUGUUUUAAUUAUGGAGUGUUUUUCAUUUAUAGCUGAUAUUGGAUGAAUGAGUUUGAGAUUGAAGUUGAUUCUUUAAUCAACUUUUGACCUUGAACCGUGAUCUGUACAUAUAGCUCUAUUUUCUUUACUGCUACUUUUCAGUUUUUUCAAAGCUAUAGUGAAGUAAGAAUAUAAAGGUUGCAUCUUUCUUUGUUUUACUUCAAUUUGGCAAUGGAUUUUGUGUUUGAAUUUGGAUUUCUAAUAACUCCAUAUAAAGCUUUGAUAAUGAAACAUAAGUCUCAAUAUUUUGGUUUUCUUAUUAUCUUGUUGUUAUUACUUUGUUGCUACUACUUUCUUUUCAUCUUUCCUUGAGUUGGAGUCUAUCGAAAAUAGCUCUAAACUCAAGGUAGGGUAACGUCUGCGUACACACUGUCCUCUCCAGAUUACAUGUGAGGAUUAUACUGGUUUUUUUUUGUUGUUGUUGUUAUUUCAGAUCUUACAUGAACUUCAAGAACUUUGCUGACACGCCACAGACAGAGAGCAACAGUGGGAUGUCGAUGGGAAGUGGUAAUUUUCCUUUGGCAAGACAAUAUUCCGUAUACUCGUUAACUUUUGAUGAGCUCCAGAGUACUUGUGGACUUGGAAAAGAUCUCGGAUCAAUGAAUUUGGAGGACUUGUUGAAGAACAUUUGGACAGCUGAAGAGUCUCAAGUUGUAGCAUCUUCUGCUGGUGUUGGAAAUUUGCAAAGAGAAGGUUCUUUAACACUACCUCGGACGCUUAGUCAGAAAACUGUAGAUGAAUUGUGGAGAGAUUUCCAGAAAGAAACAACAGUUAGUUCUAAAGAUGUAAGUGGUACGGAAUGGCCAAAUCUUGGACAGAGUCAAUCUACAUUGGGUGAAAUGACAUUGGAGGAGUUUUUGGUUAGAGCAGGAGUGGUCCGAGAAGAUAUGCAACCAACUGGAAGCACGAAUGAUGUUAGGUUUACCGGUGGUAUAAGUCAACCUAGUACUAACAACAAUGGUCUGAAUAUAGCUUUUCAGCAACCUACUCAAAAUCCUGGACUGUUCAGUAAUCAAUUUGAAGAGAAAAACAUGUUGAAUGUGGUUAGUGCCACAUCUUCACAACAAAAACCGAAUGUGGCCUUUGCAUCUCCUAUGCAAUUAGGGAAGAAUGGCCAACUGGCUAGCACGGCUGCUAGGGAACCUGUUGUCAGCAUGUUGAGUCCUUCUGUAAAUACUAGUACUAUUGUUCAAGGCAGUGUUAUGCAGGGUGGUGUUAAAGGCUUGGCCGGAUUGCAUAAUGGAGUUGCACUAGCAAAACGAGGAUCGCCUGGAAAUCAACUGUCACGGGACAUGAUUGCUAAGAAGGAUCAGGAUACAUCAUCUCUUUCACCUUCACCUUAUGCAUUUGGUGAAGGCGGAAGAGGGAGGAGAUCAUGCAAUUCUUUGGAAAAAGUUGUGGAAAGAAGACGUAAGAGGAUGAUUAAGAACAGAGAAUCCGCAGCUAGAUCAAGGGCUCGGAAGCAGGCGUACACUCUAGAGUUGGAAGCUGAGGUGGAGAAGCUUAAAGAAAUAAACGAAGAGUUGCAGAAAAAACAGGCUGAAUUUAUCGAGAUGCAGAAAGAUCAGUUAAUGGAAAAGAUGAAUAUGCCGUGGGGAAAUAAGUUAAGAUGCUUGAGAAGGACACUAACAGGACCUUGGUAGACCUCCAGCGGUGCCAAAUCCAGUGUACAACCUCAGAAAAAUAGUUAGAUCCACGGAAGGAGUUAUAAUAUGUGAUAUUAUGAUCUGAUUCAGAUCUUAUUUCAUCAUAUUGUUGAUAGCUAUAUGUAUAUAUAUAAGUGAUUGUGGCUUGUCCUACUGUAUGUAUUAUUGUGUAAAUGAGCUUCUUGCAUAAAGUU